AACUCCUCCAUGGCCCUCCGCUGGGGGAUCUGCUCUGCCGGCAAGAUCAGCCAUGAUUUCCUGGUGGCUCUGAAGACUCUGCCUUUGGCUGACCACAAGGUCGUAGCCAUUGCAUCUCGUGAUGUCAAGCGUGCCCAAGAAUACGCCAAGAAGCAUGGGAUCUGCAGGGCAUAUGGAUCUUACGAGGAACUGGCACAUGACCCUGAUGUAGAUGUGGUCUACGUGGGGGUGAUCCAUACCCAGCACUGCGCCCUCACCCUCAUGUUCCUCCGGGCAAAGAAGAACGUUCUGUGUGAGAAACCCUUGGCCAUGAAUGCAGCUGAAGUCCGGUGCAUGAUCCAAGCUGCCCGGGAAAAUGAUGUCUUUCUCAUGGAGGGUUUCUGGACUAGAUUCUUUCCUGUAUCAGAGCAGAUCCGCACCGUUUUGCAACAGAAAUCUCUCGGAGACUUAAAGGUGCUCAAAGCUCAGCUGGGUUUUAAAAUGGACGACAUCCCGAGGAUAGUGGAUAAGAAGAUGGGUGGAGGCGUCAUUCUGGACUUGGCCUGUUACUGCAUCCAGUUUGCUUCUAUGGUGUUUGGGGCGGAAAAACCACAAAGCAUCGUGGCCUCGGCGCUGCUACAUCACACAGGAGUGGAUGAAACGACCACCAUCAUCCUCAACUACUCAGGGAACCGGCAGGCCGUGCUGAAUUGCACCAUGAUGAUCAACUUACCAGGAGAGGCACUGAUUGGGGGAACGGAAGGCAUUAUUAAGAUCCCUGACCACAUGAACAGCCCCACAGUCAUGUUCCUGAAAGGCAACCAGUGGGAGUGGCCCCUGCCGCCCUCUCCCGAGCCGCUCUUCUUCGCGCACGACAUCGGGCUGCGAUAUGAAGCGGAGCACAUCCGCCACUGCCUGAGCAAGGGUUUGAAAGAAAGCCCCAUCAUGCCAUUGUGCGAGAGCGAAAUGAUCGUCACCAUCAUGGAUGAGGCACGGAAGCAAGUGGGGGUCAUCUAUGAGCAAGACCAGGCUGUACUGGACAAGCAGUGUGGCAGGACCUGCCAAUAA